GAAGUGAGAACAAACAUGCUGCUCACGCCCACCACAGGUAAAUGUGUUUCCUUUUCCCCGCUGGGCGACUCUUUUGAGAGCAAAGGGGUCUUCAGGGGUCUGUUUGCUCCGAUUCUGAGGUCUUCUGUUAACUUUUGAUUCUUUGUGUCAUACCCCCCCCCCUUGUUAGGCCCCUCCUUCACUUUAAAUCAGUUUGGACUCAACACACUUGCAGACAUGUUACACUCACAGACCUGUAAGCGGGGUAUUUUCUCACUUCUUCAACUGUUUCAGGAAGUGGGGCUGAGCUACCAAAAUCAGGAAAUUAACAGCUGCUAUUUAUACAAGCAGCAAAGAGCUCUGGCAGGGGAAAGCUGGUGACGUGUCGUUCACAAAAGAAGCUCCAGAGGAGUUCCGUCUGCUAGGAUGCCCGUUCUGGACUGAUUUGGACCCCUUUGACUCCAGAGCCAUGAAUGAAUCCAUGUCCAGCACCAACGCAGAUGAUUUGGAGUCCAAAUGUGAGGUUCUGAUUCUGUACACCUCUGAAGCGCAUGAAUGGGCCAUGUAUUUGCAGCAGGUCCUGAAAUCUCACAAGUUCCACAGAAGGUCCAUUUUGCUGUAUGCUCUGAGCUCGGCCGAUCUGCUCCACCAGUACAACUUUGUACAUUUCCAACGCUGCAAAUGCGUGGUGCUGCUCCUUUCUGGAGUCUUCCUGGACAUGAUGCACGAGCAGAACCUGCAGCGAGCCCUUCAGGGUCUUCUGCAGCCCCCCCACAGAGUGGUGGUGCUGUUCUGUGGGGUGGGUGAGGAGGAUCUGCCGAAGGACGCCUUCACAGACUGGAGCAGCUGGAGGAAGAUCUUUGCUGAAGAUGAGGCUCUAACCUAUGCCUCCACCAUCAUGGCUGCAGUGACUGACAGCAGACAAGCCGAGGCCGCAUGUGCAAAUGAAGCUGCUGUGGUGGAGCCGCCCCUGGCCGUAACGGCUGCGGUGGAGCCGCCCCUGGCCGUAACGGCUGCGGUUGAGCCGCCCCUGGCGGUAACGGCUGCGGUGGAGCCGCCCCUGGCCGUAACGGCUGCGGUUGAGCCGCCCCUGGCGGUAACGGCUGCGGUGGACCCGCCCCUGGCCGUAACGGCUGCGGUGGAGCCGCCCCUGGCCGUAACGGCUGCGGUGGACCCGCCCCUGGCGGUAACGGCUGCGGUGGAGCCACCCUUCGCCGUAACGCUUGAGGACGCCUCCGGUGAAGCAGCAGAUCCAGAAAGUGUCCAUGAGGAGCGUUCAGGUGUUGAGGUGAAUCCAUCCAAACAGCUCACCUGUCUGACUGUUCAGCCCAGCAGAGUUCAGUGUGAGAAACGUGAGAAACUUUUUAUCGUCUUAACGGCCAAAGUGAGUGCUGGUGCUUCUGGACCAGAGGUGGAGUUUUCCUCAGAAAAAGGUGGAGCCAAAAGGCUUGGCGGCACCGUUGAAAACGAGUACACGAUCAGCGUCAACGCUCCAGAAAUGCCUGCUGGGUUGGUUUCCCUCACGCUGUACACCGGGCAGACCCGCCUCGCCCUGAUGCCGGUCACCUACUACACCUGUAUGGGGGAAGUCAGCCGAUACCUGGAACAGGCCGCCGAUCCUCUGAAGUUCAUCUGCCAGGCUUUCAACUUCACAUCGAACGCAGCAGAGUCAGUGGAUGAAAUAUUAAAUGAAUCGCUCAAAUCCAAGAUGCCGGAGAGCGGUCUUCAGCUUUUUGGAGUCACACAGAUUGAAACAGAUAACAUGUCAGCGAAUGAACGGGACGAGGAAAUCCCCACUUUGCUCCAUUUUGCUGCCAAGUACGGCUUGAAGAAGCUAACCACCACGCUGCUUCACUGUCCUGGAGCUCUGCAGGCCUACAGCGUGAUGAACAAGCAUGGAGACUACCCCAACACACUGGCGGAGAAGAGCGGCUUCGGCGAUCUGAGACGCUUCAUGGAUGAUUUUGUGGAGACAGCGGACAUGCUGAAAUCUCACCUGGAGGACACGGUGAACACGGACGGAGACGUCUAUGAGGCCAUGUCCAACAACUCCCAGGACAUGAUGAUGAAGUACUCGGGCAGCUCUGAGGACAUCUACGAGUCCAUGCUGAAACUGGACCCGGACUGCGCUGAGGAUCUGUAUGAAGCAAUGAGUACAGUUGAUGUGAAUCCUGAAGAGGCUUUGCUCAGGACCUUCUUUCAAGCAAAGCCUCAAGCUCCAGGCCAGCACGCCAUCAACCUCAACCUUCACAGUGGGGAGGAGCAGAGAGAUGGACCCCUUCAUGUGGAAGAAGAAGAGGAAGAGGAGAACCCGUACAACCUCUGUCCAGAAGACAUUUAUGACAUGGUAGAUACUAAAAGUACCUACAACCCUGCGAUUGUCAACCGCCCCCCAGCUCCUGUGCCCAGACCGGAGUCGGGGUUGGACCCUGAGAAACGUGUGACCUACAUCUCCAGAGUGUUUUCAGAUAAAGAUUUAUCAAGAAACUCAACAGUGGAAGCUGGAUAUCCAGCAGCCCGGCCUGCAGUUGAAGCCCCCGCCUCCACCUACGACCCCUAUGCGGGAAUGAAGACCCCGGGCCAGAGGCAGCUCAUAUCUCUGCAGGAGAGGGUCAAAGUCGGGGAGAUAAGUGUGGACGAGGCGGUCCAGGAGUUCAAGGCUUGGCAGUUUGACCACGAGCGGAGAGCGUCCUCUCUGCGCUACCAGCAGGAAAACCUGAAGAAGCUCCGGGACAGCAUCACUAGACGUCACAAAGAGCGAGACAAGACUGGAAAAGACCAUUAUGAGAUAAGCGCGCCGCUGCAGAGGAACCUGUACUGGAGCUCCAACUUGGAGUGCGGUGUGUACGAAUCAUCGCCGAGAUUCUCAGCUCCGCCUCCUCCACCUGUUCACAGCAUCCAGAGAGGCAGCUGGAAAACCGGCAGCACCUCCAGCACAUCCAGCACUGACAGCAACCGACUCAGCACUUUCAGCUGCAGCAGCGGGACGGAGCCGGAGUUUGAGGACGCAGUAGAAAGUCUCCCUCCACGGCCUCCACGGCCGUCCGACCCCCUGCCUGUCGUUCCUCCACCCAGAGUUCCUCCACGGAUCCCGGAGAGGGUUCCAGAGGCGGUGAGCGAGCGCUACAUAGCCUGCCCAACCAGAGCACUUCCUCUCAGGCCGACUAGCAGAGACCGAGACCUGGCCCCGCCGGUCCCUCGCCGCCAGAGGUGAUGGCCACGCGUCUCCCAGAGGUCAUCGGCUGUUCAGAGGAGCUCUGUACUCUGGACCGGUUUCAAGAGUUAACUGAACACGUCAGGUCUGACUGACGUGGCUGUGAAGAAAAAGGAGAGAAAAAACCUACAGCAUAAAAAAUAACAAGUACGGACUGUGAUACGAUUCAUUAUAAGCAACAAUGAAGAAAAGAAAAGACUUUAUACAGUGUUUUAAAUCUAUUUUUGCUUUGGAACUGAAUGUGUUGAUAUGUCGCCUGUUUCGUCUAAAGUCUUCUGAUUCAGUCGUUUGUUCCAAUGAAUGAUGGGAAAUUCCUGAAUCCUGGAAGUGAUCACAAUCGUUCCUGGAUCCUCAGGUGUGUUCUGCUGUUGAUCUGGUUCUGCCUCUUUUGGGCAGCACUUGUGGAUGGGACACACACACACGCACACACACGCACGCACACACACGCAGACGCUGGCGUUUGUUUCUCGGCGCCGCCUGCAGUCCGUCAGAUGUGGACGUUCCCACAGAAAGUCUUCCUCAGAUGCUGAAGAUCUUUUUUCCCAGACGGACGCUCACACCCUUUGAUGACAUCAGACGCUGAAGGAUUUUCUGUAGGAAGAAUAAAGACGUUACAACUUGAAAACUC